AUGAGAAGUGAUUGUGAGCCUUUUAUAAGUAUAGCAGUACAAGAGCGAAACAUUCUGGAAGACAAAUAUAAUGAAUAUAGAUACAUAGAUCCAUCUGUCUUCUUACUAAAACGGUUUCCAAUUCCAAAAUGGAAACAACACUGCAAUGAUUUUACUCUUGAACAAAAAGGGCAUGUCGCACAAGAGGGUGAUGCAUCAGCACAUCCAACGUCUGAAGAUUCAAAGGUUGCCAGAGAGGGGGUCAGAGAUAGUAUAACUAAAGAUAUUCAUGGUAAAAAAUGGGAUAACAUCACAGUCAUAAGGUCUGGAAAUGUAAAUAACAAACCACCGGAAACGGAGCGCCUUCUGAAUAACCUUUUUGAACUACUUUCCAGAGAUGAUAUGAACUUGAACUUCAGUGACAUUGAAAACCUAACCUUGCCUGAAUUACUUGGAAUUUUACCCCAAAACGAAGAAACUGAAUUCCUUGACACUUUAACCUCACUCUUAGCACAUAAAAUGAAAGAAGACCAACAAGCAUUCCGAAACGAUAGCUUAUUCAGUAUUAUGACAAGGUCUCAAAAAGUUGAAUUCAUAGAAAGACAUUUAAAAUCCAUUGAAAAAAGAUGCCCAACGUUGUUGGAUUCUUUCACUCAUGCCACGGAUAUUGUGUGUAAAACACACAUUGAUUGUAAUGGAUUGACGUGUAGGGUUGCUCUUUUAAAUGAAGUUCAGAUGUUUGAAACCAGACUUUCCUACAGAUUCAAUGCUACUAGUGGAAUAUUUACUUUGAAUGUAAACGACGAGCAUGUAAUCGAAAAAGAUUCAGGAGCUUACGCAUUAACUGUGCAAUUUAACGACAGUUAUCAUGCAAUAUUUAUGAUAUCCAUAAUGAAAGAGGAGAAUGUAUCGAAAUUAUCGAUAUCAGGACAAUUGUGCAUUGAAUCUGAAUUUGAAUGCUAUGAAGAGCUGAUACUUUUUAAAGAUCUUCAACACUCAAAACUGGAAAAUCAGGAUAUAAUUCAUCGUCAACGUCGUGAAGCAGAGAGUGGUGAUCAGGAUGGAUUAGAUUCGAAAUAUUCAUAUAGUACAAACUAUUCUGCUCUUUACCAAAUUUUGAAAAAAGGUGGUACAUUCCAGGAAUUCAUGAAUGAAUUAUUGGACUCCUCUGAAAUAACACAAACAACUACUUUGUAUGAGUUUCCGCCUGCACAAGAAGUAAGCAGUUCUGUUGAAGGUAAAGCUGACAGAUCAAUCUUUAAAAAGUUUACAGACGCAUAUAAAGCUAAAUGGAAAUUCUACAAUUCGAAAAAAGGAAUGCAACUGCAAACACAAUGGGAUAACUCCGAAAAGACGGAUAAUGCCGGAGACGAUAAAUCGAAAAGUGAUGAGGAAAAUAUAAAGGAUUCAGAAACUCUGAAGAAAGCCAAGUUUAGCGCAUCUGCAACUUUGUCUUUGACUUUCUCUCUUCACGAUGUGUGUGCAGGGGCUGCUCUCACCUGA